GCGGUUUUUUUUCCUCCAUCUGAGAUGCUCCGGUCACUCUAGCUCUGUGCGCGCACCGGACACCCAGUAAGAUAAUUAUUUCAUUCUUCUCCGAGUGCAUAUAUAUAUAAAUCUAUAUAUAUUUUGGGGUGUUUUUUCUCCUUUUCUUUGCAAAAAGAGGGGGGGGGCGGGUUGUUGAACGCGGCCAACUGUCGCAGUCGAGAGAGACGAGGAGGACGCGGGGAAGCUCCUCACUCCGGUUGGAUUCUUUUUUUUGUUGAGGCUCAAGUUAACUAAGAAGUAGAUCCGAUAAGCCGAGCUGAUUUCUCCUCCUCCUCCUCCUCCUCCUUCUCAUUCUUCUCCUUCUGCGUGUGUAUCUCCCCCUCUGCCUCCUCGUGAGCGGAGCAGUGGUCUCGAGUCUCGCCUGACAGGGUACCAUGUCUCCAAGGUUUGGAAGUUGACUCGAUGCUCACCACCAUCUGAUUUUUUGUGUUCCUUUUAACUUACUCGCCGCAUAGCCCUCGAAUUCAUUCCAACCAUCAUCAUCAACAACAAUAACAACAACAACAACAACAACACUACUACUACGACUACUACUACAACAGCAGCUGAAACCAUGUUACUGGACGCCGGUCACCAGUUCCCCGGACUGGGGUCGUUCGCCAGGCAUCAGUCGGCGAGCGAGAUGCAGGAGCGAGACUUGAGCCUGGCCCAGAACAGCUUCGUGGACUCCGCGCACAUGGGCGCGUUUAAGCUCAACCACGACCUCUCCCCGGGACAGAGCUCUGCCUUCACCAGCCAGGCGCCGGGCUACCCCGCCGCGGCUCUCGGGGCGCACGCCGCGCAUGUCACGUCGUACGCGAGCUCUCCGUUCAACUCCACCCGGGACUUUCUCUUUCGCAGCCGCGGCUUCGCGGAGUCCUCUCCGGCGAGCGGGCAGCACGCGCUCUUUGGCCCCGCGGCGGGGUCCCUGCAUCACUCCCACACAGACACUCAAGGCCACAUCCUGUUCCCGGGGAUCCACGAGCAGCACGGCUCCCACGGCUCCCCGAACGUGCUCAACGGGCAAAUGAGGCUCGGACUACCUGGGGAGGUGUUCGGCCGCUCCGAGCAGUACCACCAGGUGUCCAGCCCGCGCGCCGACCCGUACUCGGCGGCGCAGCUGCACAACCAGUACGGCUCCAUGAAUAUGAACAUGGGGAUGAACAUGGCAGCCCACCACCACCCCGGUGCCUUCUUCCGCUACAUGCGGCAGCAGUGCAUCAAGCAGGAGCUCAUCUGCAAGUGGAUCGACCAGGAGCAGCUGAGCAACCCGAAGAAGAGCUGCAACAAAACUUUCAGCACCAUGCACGAGCUGGUCACGCACGUCUCCGUGGAGCACGUCGGCGGCCCGGAGCAGACCAACCACAUCUGCUUCUGGGAGGACUGCGUGCGGGAGAGCAAGCCGUUCAAGGCGAAAUACAAACUGGUGAACCACAUUCGGGUGCACACCGGGGAGAAGCCGUUCCCGUGCCCGUUCCCCGGCUGCGGGAAGGUGUUCGCGCGGUCGGAAAACUUGAAGAUACACAAGAGAACGCACACAGGAGAGAAGCCGUUCCAGUGUGAGUUUGAAGGCUGCGACAGAAGGUUCGCGAACAGCAGCGACCGAAAGAAACACAUGCACGUGCACACGUCGGACAAGCCUUACCUCUGCAAGAUGUGCGACAAGUCCUACACACACCCCAGCUCUCUACGGAAACACAUGAAGGUCCACGAAGCCUCCCCACCAGCAUCCGAGUCCUCGCCGGCGGCCAGCUCCGGCUACGAGUCCUCCACCCCUCCGGGCCUGGUGUCUCCCACCGCCGAGACCCAGAACAACACCACCCUGUCCCCGGCCUCGGCGGUGUACAACGCCACCGGCCACAGCGGCCUGUCCUCCAAUUUCAGUGAAUGGUACGUGUAGGACCGAGCCGACACUCACUUCACAGCACUGGACCGUUCGGCGCGAAGAGAUUUUGGGACACACGUGCACAACGGAGACACAAAACAUUUGUUUGUUAUGACUUUUUUUUUUUUCCACCAGGGAAGAUUGAGGAUUAUCAACAGAGGAAAAGAUGUAUCAUAGUCGAGGUGUAUUUCAUAUUGUAAAUAAUUACUAAAAGCCCACUUUCCCCCCCAUCGGUCGUGCUAGUUCGUCUUUGGUGUCUAGAUGUUCCUUCAAUGGUAGCUAUUUCUCUAACUGGACUUUUAGUGCACAUAUUACAAUAAAUAAAUAAAAAUUGUACUAUUAUGUUGAAUAUUGUGAUCCUAAGGCAAAUUGAUUGUACUAUACUAAACAUCUAUAAACUGGAAUGAGUGCCAAAGUUAACAUUUAACUCCAACAACAGACCACAAUAUUACGGUUGUGAAUGUAUAUUUUUAGUUUGCUGGGCUUUAACUUGUGAUGUUUUGUGCUUUGCAAGUUUGAAUUGUGAAAUACUAUCUGGAGGAUUGUGGGGGAAAUAAACCUUGUGCCGUUCAAUUUUCUGUAACUACACACCCUUCCUUUUGUAAAUAUCAACUGCCAUAUUUAUCCAUUUGUAAUUAAAUUAUGGUAUUUACUUGCUACAGAUGAAACAGUAUUUAUAAAAGAAUGUUUCUUUACUAUAAAUAUGUACAAUUGCGAGCUAAACAUGGGCAGUUGUUUCGUUAUGUGCUUUUGUUCAAAGUUUUAAGAGGUGUUUCCUUCCUUAUUGUGAUAAGAAUUUUACUGCAUACAAAUAUAAUAAAAAGGUGUUGCAAGUGCUAAAUAUU